GCUCCAAGCUUUCUCCUGAGUUUGAGCGACACCUCGGUGGCGCGCGGGGCCAGCGCGAGUGCGCGACACGUUGAAGGCGAAUUCCAGGAAGGAAGUACGAACCGAACCGACCCGAAGGUGAUGUUCGAGGAAGAGGCGAUGCACGACGAAUCCAGUUCCCCGGAAUCCCCGGUGGACAGUCUCGGUAACAGCGAAGAGGAGCUCGACAGGCAGCAGAAGCGCGGCGCAAGGAAAAGGAGAGCGAGCCGAAGAAGCGGAGAGGACUCAGACAGCCCGACGCCAGGCUCCGGGAAAAGAGGCAAAAAGUGCGCCGGAAGCCCGCAGUCGUUCGAGGACCUGCAGACGCAGCGCGUCAUGGCGAACGUGCGGGAGCGGCAACGCACGCAGUCCCUGAACGAGGCGUUCGCCUCCCUGCGCAAGAUCAUCCCCACCCUGCCCUCGGACAAACUGAGCAAAAUACAGACUCUCAAGCUCGCCGCGCGCUACAUCGACUUCCUCUGCCAGGUGCUGCAAAGCGACGAGCUGGACUCCAAAAUGGCGAGCUGCAGUUAUGUGGCGCACGAACGGCUGAGCUACGCGUUUUCCGUGUGGAGGAUGGAGGGCGCAUGGUCCAUGUCAACAUCUCACUAACGCGCACAGACCUGCGGCUUCUUUGGAGAGCGAUGAUAUCUAACUGUGAGCAGCAGAAGGACUGCAGGAGAAAGCCUGCGCACAGCAAGAGGACCAAAAGGAAACAGCCUGUAGAGUCAGCAGGCCCGGAUUAUAGCCAAACAGGGAAGAUUUUGGAGACAAUCUUACCGGGGUGGACCGUGGCGUCGUCGCGAGCACUUAACGACAGUAUACAAGGAAUUGCCUUCAAGAUCCGUGCUUGUAAAUGCGGUUUUGACGAUGAAUGUUGGAACUUUGUACUUGUGUAGGCUAUAUGCAUGCAUUCCGACCAGCCUUGCCAUCUCAUACCAAGCCAGAAAGACUGCAGCAGCAGGAAGCAGGCGCUUCAUUUCGGGCUGACAGUGUGGAGCCACGAAUAUGAAUGUCGUCAUAUUUAUUUCGUCACAGAACGAAACUUGGCUCAUAUCUGUAUAAAACUUUUUUUUUUAUCUGGUCCAUGAAUGAAAGGUUAUUUAUUUAUUGAUACUUGUCAUGAUGCAGAAUGGAUCCGGUGUCUACAUGCAUUUGUUUGUUUCAUGUUUGUAAAUAUGCGUUUAUUUUUCUGCAAUAAAAGUGGUUUGAAUAUAAAUUAUUCCGGUCUGAUUUUACCAUUAUGAACAAAUCAGGGUUUGCUUCAGUUUUUCAAAACAAACUACUCGUAUCUGUGUCCAUGGUGGGCAAUUCGAAGAGGGCAAGAAAAAGACUUAAUAUCUGCAUGAUGGCAGAUCCAUAAUCGUGUAAACAAUGUUCAAUAAAUCGUCUUAAAUUUAUUCUAAUCUAAAUAGUUAUUGAUUUUUCGAGAUCACAGCCUGUUUGAGAGCUGCUGUAUACAUGCUUUAACUGUAUGGCAAGUAAUCUGGUGUCAAGAUCCACUCUUAAUAAUGAUUUUACUUUAUAUUUCAAUAUUUUACUCUGGUAUUUUGUGCUGGUUAAUUCCACUGCUACUGGAAUGCGAUGCAUUUAUUAAACUUUAUAUUUCUGCACUGCAAAUCUUUAAGAUGAGGUUGGAAACUUUGGGCUGAAGCUACAGCACUUAUGCUGAGAUUUUUUCCCGACGUCUGCAAAAUAAAUCUCAGAAAAUAUCACACUCCUCGUAAUGCACACUUAGUGGUCUCAAAAUGCUGAACUCCUUUCACUGCACUCUCGACUGAUACCAAAUCCUCACUGAUGAGCUUCCAGGCGUGUUUAGGGACGUGAUGUGAUGAGAAAGUGUGAAAGCAUCCACGAAUAAACGCAUAAGGCUGCUUUGUAACGUGAUACAGUUUGGUACAGAAAGAAAGCAGAAGUGUCUGAUGGGUCAGGUGGAAAACAGGUCUGGGAAAGCAUUUGAGGAUGGUGUGAAGCAAUCUUUUGAAGACACAGUGUGUGUAAUUGGGUUGGUGUGGAAUUCCCAGAUGCGAAUGAAACGCAGUCGGGUCACGGGGUCACGCAGAGGUGCGGGGCAGAGGGAAAAAGGAUAUUUUCCCUGCCAUCCACUGUCCUCUUAUUGAUAUAAGCAUAUAGCAUAGUGCUAAUGCAAAGAAAAGAAGAACAUCAGGUAUUUAAUGCAUUCAGAUAUUUUGGUUGGAGGAAGAGGAGGAGGAACAGGUCUCGGUUUGGUUUAUAAAUCAGGAAAUUAUAGCGCACAUAACCUCAGUUUAGUCGCCAUGUGGCUGAUUGUUUUCUUAAUGUAGCAGCCACACACACUCUCAGGAAAAAAAGAUACCAAACUCUACUUUCCUUGUCGCUGGUAUGGUGCAGCUUUUGUACCUUUAG